AUGUACUCUAUAUCUGACAGCAAGUAUUUAAUGUCAAUUAUUGACAGUCUCAUGAAGAAUAGUUCUGUCCAUGACAUCACAUAUAUUGGCAGCAUCUUGAAUGACGCCGAGCAUUUUCAAAAUAUCUUCUAUGCAGAAAAACCAAUAGGGCCCUUACGCUUUACACCUUCCGUCCCUUUAAUCCCCCCUAAGGGGUCAGUGAUCGAUGCCAGAACUGCUGGAGCCUGUUGUGUGAUGAAUAUCAGUGAGGAUUGUCUCAGUUUACGAGUUGCCCGCUCAAGAGGGGUGAAUCGAAACCAAAAGGUCCCAGUUGUGGUAUACCUACAUGGAGGUGGGUAUUGCAAUUUUCCUUGUGGCCUUAUUUUUAACGAGAAGAAUAGGAGGCCAUGCUCGGCUUCGGAUGUUUUAUAUAAUCCUGACGGUUUGGUCAGGGAGGCUAUUGGAGUUGGAAAGGCAGUGAUUUAUGUUGGGGUUAACUAUCGACUGGGCUUCUUUGGCUUCGCGACUAGCAAGGCUAUGGUCGAGAAGAAGCAGACAAAUGCUGGACUUCGGGACCAGAGGGCUGCAUUAGAAUGGGUUCGUGACAAUAUACAAGACUUUAGAGGUGAUUCUAACAGAGCCAGUGAUAUUGGACUUCACUUGACCUCCUUUAAUGGUACUCAAGGUGUACCUUUUCAACAAGCAAUCAACCCAACCCUUGUUGCUAAGAAUACGGAGGUUAUUGCCCAGAAGGUCAACUGCAUCCUCCCUGGUGAAGAUGCCCAGUCAUUAGCAACUCUCAAGUGUCUCCAGGAAACAUCGUCCGAUAUCUUAACCAACCUCUCCGUCACAGCCUCCCGCAGUGCCCGGCCCCCCUUUAGUGAAGGAUUCUUCUAUCCCACUAUAGAUGGACGACCCUCUGAACUUGUCCGUGCAGGGAAAUUCGUGCAUAAUAUGCCAAUCAUUGCAUCAUGGGUUACAAAUGAUGGAGCUUGGUAUGCUUCUCCAUCCACCGCUACUGAUGCCGACGUUCUUGCAAGUCUUGAGCUCUGGGUGCCCCAUUUGUCAGGUGCGACAAGAAAAGCCCUCCUUGAUCUCUAUCCUAUCAUGGACUUUGUACAUAUGGUUGACCAUUCUGGGGAAGGAGGUUUAAUUUCCCCUCAAUAUUAUCGUGCGGCGCAGAUGAGCCGGGAUAUCUGGUUUACCUGUCCUGUCCUUGAUUUCACAUGGCAGUACAGCCACAACAACAACAAUAAUAGAAGGGCAAAGGUAUGGUUAUAUGAGCACAAUGCCACCCGGUAUUCACCGGUAUUCCAAGCUAUGGGGGUUUCUAUGUGGCGCGUGUCGCAUCUGAGUGAUAUCCCGUAUAUCCUCAACAAUCAAAAUUUAGGGGCUGGAGCCGAUAAUUCCUUGGGGCACCUUGAAUUAUCAGAGACGAUGAGUCGACAGAGUCCAGAGGAAAUCUCAAUCCAGGUCUUCAAUGGUCUGAAAAGAUCCAAUGAGGUAGUGACUGCCACCAAGGGUAAGCAAGUGAGGGAGAGGAGUGACAUAGAGCAGGCUGUGGCGUGGGAGAAGUUAUUUGAGCGCUGUGAAUUCAUUAAUAGUCCACAGAUGAGACAAGAGGCUGGUGUACGAAAAUUACAUCUAUAA